AUGCAAGCAACUAAAACUGAAACUGAGACAAGCGCGGACGAAAAAGUUGUGGCAUACUUACAGAGCAAGGGGUUCUUUGAGGACGAGGAGGAGUCAAUAAAAAGAGAACGGGUGCUGGGGAUGCUUAGCAACUUGGUCAAUAAAUUUAUCAUGAGUAUAGCUAAGCAAAGCGAGAUCCCGAUAGACCCGAAGAGCCUUUCUAAAAUAUUUACGUUCGGGAGCUAUAGGCUGGGCGUGCACUCUUCCGGAGCAGAUAUUGACACUUUGUGUGUUGUGCCGAAUUUUGUAAGCCGAAACGAGUUCUUUACUGUGUUUUAUGAUGAGCUGUGUUCUAAAAAGUACGUCACCGAAAUAUCAAAGGUGACAAACACAUUCGUGCCUAUCAUAAAGUUCAAAAUAAACUCCAUACCAAUUGAUCUUGUAUUUGCGCGAAUGGACCUGCCGUCUAUCUCGCCGAACAUCGACUUACUCAAUAACAAACUGUUAAAGCACAUGAGCGAAAAGUGCAUCCUUAGCCUAAACGGAAAUCGAGUUACGGACGAGAUACUGGCGCAGGUCCCAAACGUAAAAACAUUCCACAAGACGCUCCGCUUCAUCAAGUACUGGGCACAGAAGAGAAAGGUGUAUGGCCAUGCAUACGGGUACAUGGGGGGAGUCGCAUAUGCGCUGUGUGUGGCAAAGACGUGCCAGCUCAACCCCGGAGCAACAGCAUACGAGCUGAUAGAGAAGUUCUUUGCGCUUUUCACUAAGUGGCAGUGGCCGCAGCCUGUCAUCAUCAAGGAGGUCCCAGACUGCAACUACAAUCUGAAGGUGUGGAAUCCCAAGGUAAAUCCCAUGCACAAAAACGACAAAAUGCCCGUGAUUACGCCGGUGUAUCCGCCGCUGUGCUCAACCCACAACAUUUCCAGCAGCACGCUUGCCGUUAUGAAGAAAGAGUUUGCGCGGGCCACUGCGAUAUUCGAGAAGGAGGCGGAGAAGCCCGACGUGUUCGGCACUCUGGAGGAGCUGUGCGAGGACACAGACUUUUUUACCCGGCACAAGAACUACUUUAUGAUUGCAAUGGCGGGAGACAACCCAAAGGAGUUCAGCAAGUUUAUGGGGUUUGCUGAGACAAGAAUACGACUAUUUGCACAGAGGCUGGAAACAAUUGAAAACAUAGCGGGGGCAUACACUUUGCCCACGCAGUAUGUUCUAGAGGAGGCCUUAGCAAAGGACAUCCCGCUAUUAAAAGAGAUCAAGUGCGGAGACGACACAUACACGCUGGCGGUUGUGUUUAUAGGGAUUGACUUUACAACUGCAAAGCUGCCUUUGAAUGCAUCAAAGAAAAUGAAUCUGAAAAAGCCUGUCAUUGAGUUCAAGACAUCGCUGGAAAUAUACGAGCACGAGGAGGAGUGCGAAAUUAGAUACGAGGCAAUCCCUCUUAAGCAGAAGGCGCUUUCUUCCGUUCUAAGCUUGUUCGCAAACAAGGAAAGCAAGAAGAGGAAGGCGAGCGAGUCUGAAGGCCCUGCAAAAAAGCGGUAA